AUGUCUAUCCCAACCACCAUGAAAGCCGUCCUGGUCGAAAAGACCGGCGGCCCCGAGGUCCUCGACUUUAAGACCGACUAUCCCGUCCCCACCCCGCAAGAGGGCCAAUUGCUCGUCAAAAACAAUAUCUCCGGCAUCAACUACAUCGACACCUACUUCCGCACGGGGCUCUACCCCGCCCCAAAGCCUGAAGUCUUGGGCCGCGAAGGCGCCGGUACCGUCGUCGCCGUGGGACCCGGGCCAAAUCCUUACAACUUCCAGGUCGGUGACCGCGUCGCCUGGCUCAGCACCGGCGGAUAUGCGGAGUACACUGCCGUCGCUGCGGCCAAGACGGUCAAAAUCCCCGACGGCAUCUCAGAUGAGGAUGUCAUGGCCUCAUUCCUCAGCGGGCUGACCGUCUUGUCGCUAGCGAAGGAGACCUAUGCCGUGCAGAAGGGCGAUUGGGUUCUUUUGCACGCUGCCGCGGGUGGUGCCGGCUUUCUCAUGACGCAGAUCCUCAAGGCGAUCGGCGCGCAUGUUAUUGGUACUGCUGGUGGUCCGGAGAAGGUCGAGCUGGUUAAAAGCCUCGGUGCGGAUCAUGUAAUCGACUACCGCAGCGAAGGGGGAAAGGAUUGGGUGAAGCGCGUGAAGGAAAUCACCGGCGGCCGAGGCGUGGAUGUCGUCUAUGAUUCCGUCGGAAAGGAUACCUGGGAAGGAAGUCUGGAGGCCGUCAAGAGGAAAGGUACGAUUGUCUGGUUUGGAAAUGCCAGCGGACCCGUUCCUCCUCUACCUCUGAAUAAACUCUCCCCCAAGUGCGUCAAGGUUGCCCGUCCUACACUUUUCGGCUACAUUGAGACCCGCGAAGAAUUCGAAUUCUAUGUCAAUGAGCUGUUCAACCUGCUCCAGUCUGGCCAGCUCAAGGUCAGAAUCCACAAGAUCUACCCGCUUGAGCAGGUUCAACAGGCGCAUAUCGACCUCGAGGGGAGGAAGACUACGGGAAAGCCUCUCUUGAAGCCAUGA